CGCCUCUACGACCGAUUUCCGCCGCACGCUCUACGGAAAUAACGAGAAGGCAGCGCUGCGACGCUCCCUCUACGCAGUGCGGGUACGCGGAGGAGAUGUCGGCGGGGAGGACCCAGAUAUAUUAUUGACGUUAUUCCAGUCUACACGCAAGAGAUAUUUCUCAUCGGGGCUGCAGUGCAACUUUAGAGCAAAGAAUGGGAAGGAGUGUACGUGCUGUUUCUCACGCUGAAAGCCUGGCUGCCUCCACUGAACACCGACUUUUGCUCUUCAGCGGUAUUUCCAGGAGGGACUAGAGCUAGCAGCACAGGCUAGCUUCGCAGCUAAACAGCUGCCUUUAUUGUGGCCCGCAACGAACCUCCCAGCUAGCAUCCGUCGCAUGCACAGAAAGAAAAAAUGGUGUACCUGUUAAAUCCUAUAGACAACCUGAGAAGCUACAUCAACAACCGUCCACCGCUGGUCAUUUUUAUGAUCAGUGUCAGUGCAGUGGCCAUCGCAUUCCUGACCAUCGGUUAUUUCUUCAAGAUUAAGGAGAUCAAGUCUCCGGAGUUGACGGAGGACUGGAAUACCUUUCUACUGCGUUUCAAUGAGCUGGACUUUUGUGUGUCGGAGAAUGAGACGAUAAAGCACGGUCUGAACGAGUCGACCACGCCGGAGAGCAUGGUUGUGACCAGCGGCCAAGCUCGUUCCAGCACCCAGGUUCCCCUCCUGCUGGAGGACUCGGGUCCCAUCAACAUCUCAGUCCCCAUCACCCUCACGCUGGACCCCCAGCGCCCGUUUGGAGGGUACUCUCGCAAUAUCACCCACCUGUACGCCACAGUGCUGGGGCAGCAAGUUGGCUUAUCUGGCCGGGAAGCCCAUGAAGAAAUAAACAUCACUUUCACCCUGCCUUUAUCCUGGAACUCAGAUGACUGUGUGCUGCACGGCCACUGCGAGCAGGUGGUGUUCAGCACUUGCAUGACCAUCACUGCGGCCAGCAAUAUCUUCCCAGUCACAGUGCAGCCACCACACUGCGUGCCAGAGACGUACACCAACGCCACGUCUUGGUACAAGGUGUUCACCACGGUCCGUGACUCAGACACCAAAUACAGUCAGGACUACAACCCCUUCUGGUGUUACAAAGGAGCCAUCGGCAAGGUGUACCACGCACUCAACCCAAAGCUCACUGUCAUCGUUCCUGAUGACGACCGUUCCCUCAUCAACCUGCACCUGAUGCACACAAGCUACUUCCUAUUUGUCAUGGUCAUCACUAUGUUCUGCUAUGCAGUCAUCAAGGGGCGACCUGGCAAAGUACGACAAACCAACCCUGACUUCUGCCCUGAGAAGGUACAACAGACACCAGCAGUGCUAUAUGACGUGAACAGGUGGCGUUGUCAGAGGGUUAAAAAGACAUCAGAGAGCUAUGUCAGAACUUACCUGUAACAUGGACAAACUCAAAGAAACAGAAGAAAUAAAAAUAAACAUACCAGUUGCCUAGUGAACCUUGGAAAUACGACAAGGGACACAAAAGCUCUGUGAAUGCAUUACUCUUGCAAUGUUGGGUUUCUCCAACCAAAGAUAUACAAGUGCCUGUAUCUGUCGUGUAAAUAUUUGUAGGAACUCUGAUAUUCUGUGCAAAACCUUUUUUUUUCCUUUCUUUUUGUUUAUUAUUAUUGUAUAAUAAUUAUUUUGCCUGAGUCCCCUUGUGCCAUGUCAGAACAUGCAGUACAUAAACAAAGCAGAAGGACAGAUCCAAGAACCAUUUUUCUAGCAGUCAUUUGGCCUCAUUUAUCAAGCAAGAGAGAAAAACCACAGAGAAUCCACCCUAUGGCAUUCAUCACAGAUUUCAGUUCUUGCUGUAAAUGUUUGGAUAUCUCAAAAACCGUGUGUAAACAAAGUAUUUUUUAUCUCCCAUGAUGAGAAAGCAUGAUGUUUAGUCACUUGAAAUAUGAACUAAAUAUGCCUGAAUAUGCAGGUGGAGAUAUUCGCUUGAGGAUGAGAUGCUUGUAACACAUUUAUAAUUAAGUUUUUCGGUAUGCACUUGUUGCAGCUUCAACAGGGAAGACAAUUAAUUUGGCACUUUUCUCUGCGACGGUGUAAUCAGAAGUCUGAUCAGAAUUUGGACAUUACAAAUUUCUGUUUUGAAAGUAGCAGUUGGUUUAAUUUAAUUGAACUCUCAGUUGUAUUAGGUCUUUACUGAUUAACAGUUCCCUGUGUGUCUGCAAUGUCAACAAACAUAGCAAAGUAUUUAGAUGAUUGCACUGUGCACAUUAAUAUAUGAACAGAAUACAAAUGUUGACAGUGAAGUUAAGUCCCGCAGUUUUAAUCCGUUUGGAUCCUAUUAGGCUUAUCAGUAAGUCCAUUUUAAUGGCAGUUGAAUAAGCUGCUGUACUUCCUGUGAUUUGUGUUGAAAGUUGUAUUUGUUGUGUUUUUUUUUCUUCUUUUUACUUUGAGACAAAAAAAUAUUGUCACACUUAAAAUAUGAAUUUCUGCCUUUUUUGUUUUCCUUCCUCUUUGGAUUCAUCACUCACCCGCCUCUUGCCUGUUGCUGCCCGUCACUGCAGCAGUUUUGUAGUUUGGGCUUCUAGACUUAAGUGAUGUUCAGUACAGUCUUCUCUGUUGCACCUGGAUGAAGCAAAACAUUUAUCUUGCCUUACCCUAUGGUGGACUUGCUUGCUUGAAAAUAGAAGAUCGUUUUCUCCCUUUCCGACAUUAACUCGCUGGUCCCUUCUUCCAUGGUCAUCCUUUCUCUUUUUGUUUCUUCCUGUGCGAGGAUCUUUGACCUGUUAAUGUUAAUGGGUGAUUAUAUUUUAGGAUGCUUUUGAAUUAUUUGUGCUUUUAUUUCAAGCAAAACAUUAUCAGUUGCACGUCUUCAAAUGUUUGCAUAGUUAGUGCACCUUUUAGAUUUCUUGCACAUUUUGUGUUAUUUGCUCAUGUGAUGAUUUUUUUUUUUUUUUUUUUUUUGUCUAAGGUCACAUGUAAACAGUCUGAUACUGAACUAUAUAAACCUUGUUUUAUUUGGGACUUUUUGAAAAUAAAUAUAAUUAUAUAUUAGUAUAUAAUUAUAUUUAUUUAACAAUGAUGAUAUAUUUAUGAUUUCAAUCAUUUAAAUUUUAAAUUUUUUUAUUUUGUAUUUUGUUGUACAACAAAAUGUGCAAAAACUCACUCGGUGUGCGAAUGUGUAAGUGAGUUUGGGGAAUGUUUAGAUAAAUAAAGGCGGAUUUAGACUGUCAAUCUUAGUUCCAUGUGACCAAACAUCUGCUAAUGAAAGGAUACUUCAUUCUUCUCCACAAGUGAAUUGAACUGAAAUUUAACAUUUUCACAUGAAUUGUGUGCACAAUGUGACUCGACUUGCUGUGCUGAAACUCUUACUGUAGCUUUAAGGAUGAAACUUAUGCUCUUCCAGUGAUUAGGAUUCAUAUUUCGAGAGCACGGCAGACUGACAAUCAUUUAUUCUAAAUGUAGUGCAGCUCAAAUUCGAUCUAGGAUAAAGAUCACAAUGUAUCUAAUUGGAUUAAGAUUGUUGUCAAUGUGUCAAUGUUCAAUUCCUGAGUCACCAACAGCUAUCCACUGUGCUAUCUCGACACAAAAAAACAGUCUUAAAAAAAACUAGAGUAACAGUCAAAGUCCGCCUUUAAUGUCUGUUAUGUAUGACUUUUUUUCAAUAGCAAUUACUGAUUUUACUUACCUCUGUGUUACAAUUAUGUUCCAUAAUUGAUGUACCCAUUGAAUGUACUUUUUUUAUAAGCAGCAGAAUCUAAAUCUAAGAUGCAAGAAUUCCAAGUGAUUUUAAACUAUGAUGUAGUUAGAUUUUUUUUCCAGUUUAAAAGGCUUUACUUGAAUUGUUUUUUUUUGUGUGUUAGAGUGGUAUACAUAUAAGGUUUAUCCUUUUGUGAGGAAAAAAAAUGAAUCUCUUGUCACACUUUGUACAUUUGUUUGAUUUUUGUGAGUAUGUUGGUGAAUGAGUGUUUUGCGCCCCCCCACCCCCUAUACUGAAUGAUGUGAGGACAAGUCUUCCUAAUUCUGAUGUGUAUCAUAUUUGAAAAUGAAUGUGUUGCUUUUACUGUCAUCGAUCUCCUGCGUUUUCACAGUGGGACUCAUGUUUUGUUUGGGAUGAUUUGGCAGCUCUUAUUGGACAGUUGGAAAUGUUUGGGCGUCGGAUGGGAAACGGGUGGUGUUUGGCUGGGUGUGUGCGAGUGACGGGAACUUGAUGUGACUGAAGCAUGCCGUAUUAUUGCCAAACAUCAUGAUUUAUGUCAGUGACCUGCGUUUACUUGCUUCUUACCCCUCCUUGUGUGAUUUACUAUGUUCAUCUUUGGUUAGAAUUGCAUCUGUAUAAUUGCAAAAUGCCUUAACAUUGACCAGUUCCAUUUAAGUUUGCUUUGUUUCACAUAUCACAUAUUGUAAAACACCCUGGCUUUACAGAAACAAAUCCAAACGCUACUUAUUUUAUCACAUUUGAGCUCUAAGAAGCUCAAACUAUUGUGCUUGUUUAAGUGCACAUUUAGAGAAAUGGGUUUGAAAGAGGAGCAGAUGCUUGCUGUUGUAGUUUUUAAACUACUCCACUAUAUCACUAUGGAUUGGAGUCAAAACAGAGGAGUCAUAUUCUCCUUAGUUGCAGCAUCUCACAGUGUUCUCGAACACACAAGCCUCCAAUAUAAGGCUGCCACUUCACCUUGUUAUCCUUUCUGUCAUGUUAGUAGCGCUUACAGGCAAAUAUUAAGCCAACUCUGUGCCUUCUGCACUAUCGAGCUGCAUCCUCCUCCCUGUACAUACAGUAGAUAGGACUGUAGGUUUAAUGUGGCUAGAACGUCAUUCAAACCCCUUUUCCUCUCCAGUGGAACUGCUGUAAAUGAACUCAAGUUUAAAUAAACUGUCUCUAAAGUUCA